GGCUCUCGGUUAUUUCCCCCGCUGCUUUCCUUUGUAUGACGAUCUGUCCAUAAAAGAGCUUUAUUCGAAUCCUUCUCUUCCCCCCACCCUCCCUGUAGAAUGGUAUUUCCCAUUCAUUCUAUUUUAAUUGCCUGUGCUAUAGUGGUUUUCCUCGGCAGAUGUUCUAGAACGAAUGUCUGCCGAUGGACGGUUUUAGAGGAACCGUUAGCUGCCUUGGGUCCGCGGCGCCCACUGCCGCUAAAGUUUCAUUCCCCUUAGUGAGGUUCCCACUCUUGAGGUAUUUGUGCGUUCCCUUCGGUAGCUGCCUGCUUUCCUAAAGAGUGGGAUCGAAGAAUCAUUUCCUCUCUGCUCUUUGCACGCCUAAUAAAUAGCAGUGCAGUCCUGUGCAGGUCUACUCAGAAGUAAGCCCCACUGUGUUCAAUGAAGCUUACUGUCACGGUAAGUGGGUAUAGGAUUGCAGCUUAAGCUCGUUAAGCCUUGAAGAAUGCCACGGUGGGUUGGGUGGGUGUUGGUGAGGGGCUGGUGUACACAUGCCUUUAGCAACUGAUACAAAGUAUUCAUAGUAAUUUCUUCUUCCCAAAGGCCGCCCCCCCCCUUCUUAGCUUUUGUACGAACAGGCUUUGAAAGUGAAGUUCCCUUCCCUUGACAACUCAAUGUGUAAUUCCCAGUAGUCUUAGAAAGAUAAUGUUGAAGCCGCUAAAUGCAGAUAGAAUUUCCAGUUGUUUCCGCCUUAAAAGCUCGGUAGCAGUGGAUAUUGCAAUCCCGUGCAUGGUUUACUUAGAAGUAAACUCUAUGGAGUUCAAUGGGACUUACUUCCAGAAAAAUGUGCAAGGGAUUGUUUUGUGGGCAGUUAGCACCCUCAGCCAAGUUGGUCAGUAAGAGCAAAAUCCCUUUCAGACAGAGCUUUUAUUUUGAACAAUCAAAUAUGUACAAAAAUUGUGGGUAUGCUUGACAAACUGUUACAAAACAGUAUGGGGGGUGGGGGAGAAGUUGUGAAGGGCAGGUACACAGAAUCUUUUCUAUUUAUUUAUUUGCAUUUCUAUACCACCCCACAGCCAAAGCACUUUGGGCUGUUUACUACACUGCUGAAAACAAUAAUCCAAAGUUUUAUUUUGUUUUUACUUUUCUGUUCUCUUUAUUAUGAAGAAAAAGCAUUGUAUUGGGUGGUCAUUUGUAUUGCAGCCAAGAAAGAAGUAAAAAAAGACCAAAUCAAAACCUACUUAAGGAAGAAUGGAGGAAGAGUUGCUUACAAAGAGUAGACUGUAUUAGGUGGCAUGCAGAUUUCAGGAUACACCAAGGACUUGUCCAGGCAAAGUUAUAUUGGCUGAUUCUUCAAAUUUUGAAAAUAGCAAAUCCAGUAGCCACUUGGAUUUGUCUCCAAGUUUAGCCAAAAACACAUCAGUAUGCUGGUAUUUAGCCCACUUCUGAAUGCCUAAAUAUGGUGUUUUCCAGGGUAAACCUCAAACAAAGUAAACUGUGCUUAUGUAUAAGAAAAAUGUGAAAACCCACACUCAAGCAGUACCUAUUUUAGGACUGAACAAAUAUGUGAACAUGGUUACUAUUAUCUCUCCUAUUUAUUUUAUAGCUCCCAAACUAGGCCCAGUAUAAGGAAAUUGGAAAUACCUUAUUAUUUAUACAGUGUCAUCACUGAACAGGGUUCUCUAUUAUCCAGACAAAAAUGAACGGGUCCCUGCUUCCAAGUAGUUUACAGUCUAAAAGAGGUACCAUGGAAAAUGAGCUAGCAAUAUUUCAAUUCUUUUCAGGAAAAUUCUUAAUGCUUCAUUCAGGUUCCAAAAGAGGCUAGAUAGUAGACAUUCAAACAAAUGACAUAAAAGACUGUAUUCAUUAAGUUCAAUAAACCCAUGAAUCUUCUGGGACAAAGUUUGGUUUUCUAGAUAACUCAAACUGCUAAACAUCUUUCUUUUUAGCUAAAUUGUAGCUAAGAAUAGUUUGAUUCUUAGUAAUGACUCAGGCGGGAUUUUAACUAAUAGAUGUGUAGGUGGAAAAGGCUUCCUAAAGUAGUAGUCAAAGCUGUGACUUGACUUACUUGUAUGAGGAAAUGGUUUCACAUGCAUUUAAACAAGUUAGGUAACAUUGCUGAGACAUAAGGGAAUCUUUUGUCUUCCUUCAGUGGAAACAGCUUAGUAAAUCCUGGGAUAGUUUCCAAUCUGCAGUGGUGGUAACAUAUGAAUAGUUAUCAUUGCUGGGCAAUUUGGUAUGUGAAAAGCAAGUUAUCCAUGGAAAAUCCUUUAAACAAAUUUGAAAAAUUACUGUAAAGCCUUUUUCUGCCAUUAAUGCAACUUUGGACACUGAUUUCUAAUUCACAUAUUAUUGUUUUUAAAAGCAACUUUAAUAAUCUUGUUAUUAUAGUCAUAACAUUCUUUGUGAAUGUUUUCAAGAUUAUGUGCCCACCUCUGAAUACCCAAGUUGCCAUGCAGUACAAGAAUUGGCCUCUUACCAUUUUGUUAGUGAUGUGAACUGCUAAUAUCUUUAAGUUAUGGCAGUGACUGUAUCCAAGUCCCAUUGUAUCCAUUUCCCCUAUGUUCAUCCCUCAGUGUGUCUUCCCUGCAAGGUGCCAUAACUUGGUUAUUUCAUUUUCAUGGACUUUUAGGCGCACCAAGGGUUGCUGAAAUGAGAAUCAAAAAUAACAACUCUGUGUGUGUAUGUGCACAUGAGCAGUGUGCUUAUCAUUCUGGAAGCAGUACAUGGUUUAGAUCCCUCCUGCUCAACUGGCUGGAAUUUAGAAGUUAAGUGGAUGGAAGUGGUGGUGCAUUUUAUUGCUUUCUGAGAAAUAUGGUAGACAUGUAGUGCGACUUACAUUAUUUUUGGUGGAGGAGCUCAAAUAUAGACAUAAUUUCAAUUGAAUGGAUUGAAACAUGAAGAUUAGUGUAUAAAACCAAAUCAUUCCACUUAAACAAAAUGAAAGGUAUUUAAUAUCUCUUGGUAUCUGGUUCUAUCAUAGCUGCAUGCCAGCUAUGAUAGAACAUAUUGAUGUCUUGAAAUAUAUAAAUAUAUUUCAUUAUUACCAAGCUUCUCUUAACGAAUCACUUUGUUAAUACUAAAUGUCAUACAGGUAAUUGGCAAAGUAAUUAGUUUAAGUGAUCUAUUCUGUAAUAUGUAACUGUAUAAUGUGUUCUAAAAUUAAUAACAUCAAACUAACAAAUGCAGACUAAAAUUUUCUUUCUACAUAGUGUUAAUACUCUAUUAUUUGUAGAUCAACAUGGUUCAAUAGUCAGACUUGUACAGUUGCUUAGGAAACAUAAAAAUGUCACUGGGAAACUUUGUUUAAAUCAGUAAUUUAAAUCAGCCUAUCAUUUUUUCUUCCUGGAUUUAAAUAAUUGCCUUAAAUUGCCUUUUUUAAAAGCAGUUUUCUGGGUAAUGUUGAGACAUAUUUCUGGAAUCUCAUUUUCCCAACUUCUGAUCAUGUUGGGAAAUAAUGAUGUACAAACCACAUGUUGGUUUAGUUUCUCUUAGAAUGGGUAAGGGCAAAAGGGCUACUUCACUUGCUUUUAAAGAAAUCUAUACAUUAUUCCUUUAGAGGUGCCUCAUUACCCUUCACUGUCUUCUUAUAGAAACCAUUGAUACCAGCUUCCUUAAACUCUGUUAUUUUCUAAGACAUACAAAUGAGGCUACCUUCUGGCUUCAAAAGCUGUAAACUUAAGGUGUUACAUGGUUGCUUCCAAUGUUAGGAAAAUUAUUUUUUCUAAACUAAACUAUCCAGGAUAUAGCUGGUUUCUGCAAGUGUUGUCUCCAUAUAGAUCUGUAAGUCAUGCUUCACUGUGGAGCUCCUGUCUAGAGUUAUAGAUACUGCUAAUCUGGAUCUCAAACAGGCAGUAAAGUACAGUAUAAAGAGUAAGCACUUCUCUCAGUGAACAGCACUACCUUGGAAGGCUCUUGGUAUGCUCUGAAGGCUGUUGACAAAUGAUGAGUUGGCUUAGCAAGCAUACUUUGCCAGUGUAAGACACAUUUAACCUUUAAAUCCUAUCAUAAAUCCCCUUUAAAACCGUGGAGUGAAACUGUCUACAUUUGGAUUUCUUAUUGCAGGCUGAAUGGAUAUGGAGAAGACAGGGGGAGUACAUCAGAUCUAGAAACUGAACUGCUUCACUUUGUCAAUUUAAACAGGGGAAAUGAGGGUUUGGUUCCAAGGCCAAGCUAGCAAGCACUGGAGUGAAAGUCCUUCUUGGAAGUGGAGGUGAUGUGAGCAGCCCAAGGCCUCUGAGUGAACCACCAUGGGGUUCAGGCUAUUAGCAUGUCUCCUCAAGCUACCAGUGGCAGUGGUUUAUGGAUCCUUAUCACUCUUUGUUUCUAUUUUGCACAACGUGUUUCUCCUCUACUAUGUGGACACCUUUGUUUCCAUAUAUAAGAUCGAUAAACUUUCAUUCUGGAUUGGGGAGACUGUAUUUCUGAUCUGGAACAGCCUCAAUGAUCCUCUGUUUGGUUGGCUGAGUGACCGAGUAUUCCUUAGCACACAACAGUCUGGAGUGGAGAUAUCCACUCCUGAAGUUGUUUUGAAGAGACUCAGGGCACUGAGCCAGAAUGGCCCCCUCUUUGCAAUGUCAUUCUUGGCUUUCUGGAUUGCAUGGGCGCCCCCAGGCUUACAGUUCCUCAUCUGUCUCUGCCUGUAUGACAGCUUCCUCACCAUGGUAGAUCUUAACCAGAAUGCCUUGCUCGCCGACCUUGCUGUGUCUGCAAAGGACCGGACUGGCCUCAACUUCUACUCUUCACUCUUCAGUGCCAUUGGCUCCUUCUCAGUCUUCACAUCCUAUGCUGUGUGGAACAAGGAGGACUUUUUCUCCUUCCGGAUAUUUUGUGUGGUUCUGGCUUGCUGCUCAGCUGCGGGGUUUAGCAUGGCCACAUGGCUGCUGAAGCAGCGGUUUCAGACUGAGGGGCAAGUGAGGUGGGAUGACAAUGCUGCUUUAAAAGAACUGUGUAUCAACCGUCCCUCAGGGCAGCAACAGAAGAGGAUCACUCUGGCUGAUUACCUCAAACAGCUCUCCAGGCAUCGUAACUUUCUCUGGUUUGUCUCAAUGAAUUUGAUACAGGUUUUUCACUGCCACUUUAACAGCAACUUCUUCCCUCUCUUCUUGGAACAUCUACUGUCUGAUCAUAUCUCACUGUCUGUGGGUUCAUUUUUGCUAGGUGUUUCCUAUGUGGCUCCUCAUCUCAACAACCUCUACUUCCUCUCCCUCUGCCAGAGGUGGGGUGUGUAUGCUGUGGUGCGAGGACUCUUCUUCCUUAAGCUGUUGCUUAGUGUGAUUAUGCUCCUUGCUGGACCAGAUUGGGUCUGUCUGCUCUGUUUCUUCAUAGCAAGUAACCGUGUGUUCACUGAAGGGACAUGCAAGCUGCUGAACCUGGUGGUCACUGACCUGGUGGAUGAAGAUUUGGUGUUGAAUCGGAGGCAGCAGGCUGCCUCAGCCCUCUUAUUUGGCAUGGUUGCUUUGGUAACCAAACCGGGCCAGACCUUUGCUCCUUUGAUUGGCACCUGGCUGCUGUGCACUUACACUGGUUAUGACAUUUUCCAGCAGGAUCCCCUCAGCAACAUAGUGAGUGCCCAGCCAAAGCUGCCUUCCAACACAGCCUCGGAACCAACGUUGCGUCAGGGCUGCUUCUACCUCCUUGUGUUUGUUCCCAUCACAUGUGCCCUACUGCAGCUCCUCAGCUGGUCACAAUUCAGCCUACAUGGCAAACGCCUCCAGAUAGUGAAAUCUCAGCGUCAGACCUUGACAGACAGUCAGUCCCAGGACAUCAAAACAAUUUAAUUGCCAGUAGGGGUGUGCAAUGAGUGGUGCCUCCCACACCCGCACCAUGGACAUCUGCAUGAUAAGACUCCAAAAAGGAGGGCAGGAGUUUUAACAAAGAAGAACAAUUAUUACAUUAGCAUGCCAGCAUGGAAAUAGUGGAAGCCCUGAAUUCCCUGCAAGUCAAGUCUGUGUAUGGUUAACCUUAAGAGCUCAUGGGGACCGGAAUGUUUGCAUCUCCUGUCUCCAGCCCAAGGUAGUCCAGAAAAAGUCAUCACAUUGCCUUUACAAAGGGGGUAAAACCCUUGGUCAAGAAUAACUUGCUGAUCAUGUCAGUAUUCAUUUUCAUAAGUGUCUGAUUUGGAAGAAAAGUUAACUGGUGACAGAAGGAGGUGCAGGGAGUGUUUAAGUGAGCUAGUUAGCCCAGUAGCAACCUUGUCAUUGAACCUUGUUCUUUCUGGAACUGUGGGCACCCUUGCCCUGGGUGCAGGGGGUGGGGGAUAGGAUUCAAGUUUUUCCCCUUAUUUCCCCUCUUUGCAUUAGAUCUGAGAUACCUCUUUCUUCCCCUGCCUCCUGCUCACAUCCUAGUGUGAUUUAACUGUGAAUGCAAUUAAAAUCUCUUCAGAAUGUCACUGGUUCUUCACAGAGGACAGCAGGGUACUUGGACUUGCAAAUGAGGUUUACUUGUGGGGAAAUUAUGCUGUUGUAAUUCAUGAGCUUCAAGAGAGGAGUGUACUAAAUUAAACCACAGCAACAAUUUGUGUUGAAAGGAUGGUGAGGGGCUCUUUUAUGGGAAGGGCUCUGUGGCCAUUCUCAAGUUUCGAUGUGUCAACUCGUCAGAUGUGUUCUGGCUUAGAGUUUUCAGGAACUAUUACAACUGAACCUUGACUUUUGUGGGUUUAACUUUUGCAGAUUUGAUUAUUUGUGAGUUUGCCAUCAAUAAUUAAACAGGAUUUUUUUGGAGUUUUGCAGCCUUCUGUGAAAAAUUGCAGAAGAUAUGUUUAGAAUAGAAAAUGUAAAGCAAACUAAAAAAAAAUGUCAUAUGCAAGGAGCCACGCAUGUGCUUGCACAUGCUGAAAGCCAAGUGCCUGGAGGUGGCUGGGAGGCCUGGUCUACCAGACCCUACCCCUGUGCUGCUGCACUUUCCACAACCUGGCACCUGCCCACCGCCAUGUAUCAACUAUGUAGGCUAACAUGCACACACAAGGGAGCAGCAGUCCAUUACACAUAUGGUCAACAGUAUUAAGAAUUAAGCUGUUUUGGGGGGUGGGGGUAGAGAUAUCCAUGGUUUUUCCACUUUUGCAGGAGUCCUACAUCCCUAACCUCUGUGAAUGUAGAGGCACAACUGUAUUUUCUAGGAUGAAAGACUGGCCUCUUGUAGGAGAUGCUCUUCUUUUUUUUCUGCUUUAUCAGGUAUUAGCAUCUAAGGCAGGAAAUUCCAAGGGCAACUUGAUAUGUUGACUUGUGGAUCUGUUAAUGUUUUAAACCUGGGCUUCAGUUUCCCCAUUCCACAUGAGCGGAGUGAUUUGCUGGCCCUUGUCUGUCCACAGAACUGACUAGAGGAGCCUUCUGCCAGAUGAGAGGAACCAUAGCCUUAAUUAACUGGGAAGGCUGGCCCCAAGUUCACAGAAUGGCGUAGGUUGACAAGAUGGUGCUUGUAUGCACAUAUCUGAUAGAAAAAGAUACUUCCAGGGAAAUGUUCUGGCUAGGAAAAAUGGAGGCUGCUAGUAGGAAUGUCUCCAAAAUCAGCUUCAAAGAAGUAUGUGUCAUAGGAAAUUGUCUGUCAGCUAAUCAGGAAGAUUAGCUUGCAUGCAAAUCAUGCCUCAAGUAGGAGGGACACUUAUGUUGUAAUUCCCUUGGCCUGCUAGACAUGUUAACGCACUAGUUUUGUUCUAUCUCUGGAACUCAGAAAGGGCAAGCUGAGAUCCUUGUGAAACUUCUGCUCCUUUAACAGUUGCGUUUUUUUCCUGAUGAGUUACUGGUGUGAGAAGCUAGGCUUCCUUGAAGAGAUUCCAAAUUCCAGUUUUGGAUUACCUAUAGGGAACAGAGAACCACAUCCUGUCCUCAGACAGCAGUGGACCAGGAAGGCAGCUGGCUGUACUUGGGUUUGGAUGCAAGGGUUCUGGCUUUUCCAGCUGAUUUAACUGGAAAGUUUUAUACUCCUUUAGAGUUUUAGGGAGAGAAAUGUGGCAACCCAAGUUCUUGCUCUUAGAAUGAGGAAGCUUUUGACUGCUCUUAUGGAGAACAAGAGAUUCAGAGUUCCUUGGGACCAAACUUCAUCCUUCUCUUUGAGCACUGAAGCAAGUAUGCCUCCAAAUUUGUUCAGGCAGCAGUUGCACUGCCACUGUUUACAGUAUGAAGGGUUUUGUAUCAGUAAUAUAUUCUUAUUUAAAAAGCCAAGUCCUCAUUUCAUUAAAUUACAAUUCUUUUUAUGCUA